UCUCGUCCGCGCGACCAGGAGAAUUACGUGACGUUGCCACCGUGGCCUGUACACCAGCCUCGAUUAACCGACAUUCCGACGGAAGAAGCGAUCCACCAGUUGGGCCCGAAGGGACGCCGCGGUUAGGGCCCGGAGGAGCGCGCGCCCGCGCGCUCCACACCCUCGGCUUUUUUUCUUCCGCGAUUAUCUCCGAUCUGCCUAAUCGAAUCUCCAGUACUAUCCGACGGAUCGCGAUGAUCCAGUGAAUGGAAGAGACCUCAUCGACUGUACUUUCAUCAUCGACCAGGAACAGCCGUCCUCAACGAGCCAGGAAGCAUCAUGGAGAAGAAAUAAGUAAUUUCGAUGAACUGUCGAGGUGUCCUGCGUUUAGUGUCCCUGUUUAUCCGUCUCUGACCUCUAUAACGAAGAGGUCUGUAGUUCAGUUGACCUUUACUACCAGUGCACCCAGUGAACCAUGGACUAUUCGUACUUGAACCAAGCGGCUGCGGCCGCUGCAGCUGGUUUUGAAGCCUCUAGCUGUGCGUUAGCUGCCAGUGAAAUGCAGUGUGGUUACGGGGAUCUAAGUUCUUGCUCCCAGAUGAGUCAAGCUGCUUAUCGUUACACAGCGGCGAGAGCAGCCGGCUAUCCUGGUAAUGCUGGGACCGCGAGCACUGGGAGCAGUACGCCGCUAGGGGCCCAUCACACCACUCACUCGCAUGCCCACGCGCACCAUGGGGCCCAUGCAACACCAUGCUCCGUAAUGGCCGCCAGAUCUCAGGAGGUACACCGGCACGCAGCCUCCAUCUUCCCGUCGGCUAUCAAUCUACAGAGUGGACUGGGAUAUAAGGCGUAUUCUGGUCACGAUGGUCUAGCGGAGAAGAGGAAACAACGUCGGAUACGAACAACCUUCACCUCGGCUCAACUUAAGGAACUAGAGCGUGCCUUCCAGGAGACACAUUAUCCAGAUAUUUACACCAGAGAAGAAAUCGCCAUGAAGAUCGACCUGACGGAGGCUAGAGUCCAAGUAUGGUUCCAGAAUCGACGCGCGAAGUUCCGCAAGCAGGAGAGGCUCGCUCAGCAGAAAUCCAACUCGCAGAGCGGCAUCGGUGUGGACAGCGGCGCUUCCAGCCCGGUAGCGGGCAACGUGAAAGCGGAGGGCCGUUCACCGAGAAGUCCAGCGACGCCGCCGGGCAGCUCCAACAGUGUCCUCUCGUCGAACGAGGUGAAACCGAUCACGAACCCGAAUCUGGUCAGCGUGAAACACUCCAGCGACACCUCCGGGGAGGGCACCUCGCCGAACACUCGAGGAAGCAACAGCGGCGGAGGGACAUGGGGAUCCUGCAGCCCCAGGCCUUUCUCCGCGCUACCACCGUACUUGCUCGACCCCCUGCCGCUGAAAACCGCGAACCUCUACUAAUCGUUCUGACGAUUGGUAAUAGGCUAGCGAUCGCUUCGAAUGUCAGCCGAUUUUAGAAGUUUCCGAACGUUUCGAGGGAUUCUGAUUUCGAAGAAGAAUCGUAGUGGUUCGAAGUUCUGCAGUGAUCGAAUUGCUUGGGAAUUAGCAAUAGGGAGUGUUUAAUGCCCAUCACUACCGAGGAUACCGUUCCAUACCACCAGAAUCGUGUAAAUAUAGAAUAUCGUGUGCUGUUCAGAGGACGCUAAGUCAGUCGCGAGGCCGUUCCAUAAAACAAUUCUAUUGUGAUAAUUAUGGAGAAAUCAAUGAAUCUUCUAACAUUAACCUGCUAUCAGGUCCUCUUUUGUGUUACAGCUUUUAUGGAAACCACCAUCGUAAUUAGUUUCUUUUGUAACCUAAACGAACGGCCUUGUCGAAGGACUCGCUCGAGAAUACUAGAUGCUGAUAUCUGUGUACCGUCCUAAUUCCUCGUUGAUUAAUUAAACAGUGUCCAGCAGUUGAGCCAGCAAGUUGCACAUGAAGACGUUUAAAAAUGAAAUUGACUUUUGCAGACCUUAUUGAGGAGUUCUACCUUUAAUCUGGAUCGAUGGAAAUAUCAAAAGUAAGGUUUUGAUUUUAGACGUCUUGAACAGUUUACGGUGUGACGAGGAGCAAUGAGGGAACCCUAAUGGGACUCUGAACAGCGUCGUUCGAGGAUAAGUGUAUCGAGGACAUCGAUGUGGCCGGCGCCUGUACAGUUGUUGCUAUAAAUAUAG